AUGCUCCGCGCCGUGGUCCGACCCGCCUCCCUCGUCCCCCGCGCUGCCCUCACGCGCGCCGCCUCGUCCUCGGUCCCGAAGGUCCAGUUCGACCCCUCCGACAAGGCGCCGAAGGAGGCCGCGCCCGGCCAGUCGCCCAACGUCCCCUCGACCUGGUCGCAGAACCAGCAGCCCAAGGACGCCGCCUUCAACAACCCCCGCUUCGAGCAGGUUUACGUUCCCACUCAGCCCGACUCGCUCUCCGCCAUGGGCCUCGUUAACGAGCAGCCUAUCGUUAAGGUUCAGGGACGACGGGCGGUCUGCAACGGCGGCGGCGGUCCCCUCGGCCACCCCAAGAUCUACAUCAACCUCGACAAGCCCGGAGCCCGGGUGUGCGGAUACUGGUGA